CCUCCAGCAGAGAGGAUUACAGGACCACUCUGACCCGGACUGGACUGAGUACUCACGUCUGACUUCACUUUACUCUGGACUUUACUGUGAGGAUUAGAGGCGAAAUGACUCUGGAGGAACUGGUGUCCUGCAGCACAGACGCAGAGAUGCAGAGUGUGUGUGACUGUCUGGAGGAGCUGCUGAAGGCCGCUCGUGAUCAGGAGCGUCUGACGGUCGGGGUGUACGAGAGCGCCAAACUCAUGAAUGCUGACCCGGACAGUGUGGUGCUGUGUGUGUUAGCGUGUGAUGAGGAGGACGAGUGCGACGUUGCGCUGCAGAUUCACUUCACUCUGAUCCGGGCGUUCUGCUGCGAGGCCAGAGUGGACAUGCUGAGAGUGUCCGGCAUGAGGAGACUAGCAACAGUGCUGGGAGAACCACGAGAGCGGGACCUGCACUGCAUCCUGGUCACGAGUCCUCAGGCUGAGCGUGAGGAGCUGGGAGCAGUGGGUCGGUACUGCAGCGAGAGCCGCACCAGGAACCAGUGGCCACCCUGCAUCACCCUGCACGAGCGCUGACCGGCUCCACACUGGACACUUUCACUGAGGAGAGCUGCAGAUAAACACGCAGAAGAGCGACCCCGCUCUGUAGUUACAUCAGAGGCCUGUGCAAAUUAGCACACCGCUCGGGACCCCCGGACCCCCCAGCACAAGAGGGCGUCUUACUGUAUGACUAUGGGAGGUUUGGGGCAGAGGGGGGCAGAGUGGGGAUAAAGAGGCGUGAGCUGUUUCGAAGACUGAGCAACGCGAGGCUGAAGCAGGAAACAGCCGACUGAUAAAGUCCCGAGCUCACAGAAGUGGAGUGGUCAGAUUUGGUCAUUAUCGUUAUUGACUGGACUAUUUAUUACUGGACACACUGUGAUGGCAAUGCAGAAACUGUAAUAUAUUUAUUUAUUUAUGAACUGAUACAGGUUUUAUUCUUAAUAUGAAAAUAAAUGUAUAAAUAGA